AUGUUCGAUAUUCUCGAGGCCGAUAUUGUCGUUAUGCAAGAGACAAAAAUCCAGCGAAAGGAUUUAACUGAUGAUAUGGUUCUUGUUCCCGGGUGGGAUGUGUAUUUCAGCCUGCCUAAGCAUAAGAAAGGAUACUCUGGUGUUGCUAUUUACACGCGAAAUGCGACUUGUGCGCCUAUCAAAGCUGAAGAAGGAAUCCUAGGAGUGCUCUGUCCUCCCAUGUCGUCAACACAAUUUCGCAAUUUGCCCAAAGAUGAACAAAUUGGGGGUUAUCCAAGACCUGAGCAACUCCCGGGAAACAUCGAUGAACUGCUGUUGGAUUCUGAAGGAAGAUGCGUCAUCCUUGAAUUUCCAGCAUUCGUACUGCUGGGUGUUUAUAGCCCAGCCAAUCGCGACGAGUCUCGAGUGGAAUUUCGCAUGGAAUUUCUUCAAGCACUUGACGCCAGGGUGCGAAAUCUGAUCUCCGAGGGCAAGCAAGUAGUUUUGAUGGGGGACCUCAACGUGAGCCGUUCCGAGUCUGAUUCAACCAACGUUAUUGAAACUCUUCGAAAAGAGGGCCUGAGCAUCGAGGAGUGGAUGAACGUACCUUCGCGUCGUCUCUUCAAUCACCUAAUUUACGGAGGCACGGUGCAUGGAGAUCGCGAUGAAGGGCGGGAGCAGCCUGCGCUGUGGGAUCUAUGCAGAGAAUUCCACCCCACGCGCGAGGGCAUGAACACAUGUUGGGACACCAAACGAAACACACGGCCCGCCAACAACGGCAGCCGAAUUGACUACGUGCUAUGCAGCAAUGGACUGAAAGACUGGUUUACAGAAGCCGACAUUCAGGAGGGCUUAAUGGGAUCUGAUCACUGUCCGGUGUUUGCCACGAUCGCUGAUGUCGUGACGGCUGACACGGAACAGGUACCGCUAUUAGCCGUUAUGAAUCCAACUGACAUGAUGGCUAGAGAUGGUCAACGCCUCCGGCAAUGGCAUACGAAGGAUAUUCUGCCUCUGUCGGCCAAACUGAUCCCCGAGUUCAACCGCCGGCAAAGCAUCCGAGAUAUGUUCACGAAGAGCGCUGGUGCUAAGCUUUCGAUCUUUUGUUCAUCAUCAGAGCUAGAAAGCACCCACGCUCAAGACCCUAGCCCAAGAGUGGGUGAUUCAACACGUUUAGACCAAACCAAUGUAAUGUCAAACCGUGCUGAAUAUAGACUCGGAAUGAGCGACGCUAGCGACUCCCCGAAAUCAAAACCACUAACUGAGUCGAGAUCGGAAGCGCCACCACGCGCGAAACGUGCUGCGGGGUUUGUCGAUCCUCUUAGUGAUGGCGGAUCACUGAAAAGAAGUAAAAAAUCCAACGGUGCGAUGAGCGUCAAUCCAAGCCUUAUGGCAGAGAAGAAUGCUAGAAGCACUACUUCAACUAGCACAAAAGGCCAACAGACCCUGCAAGGUUUCUUUAAGCCAGUAUCAAGCCUCGCUGUAAAUCGGAUGGCAGGGGAAACAGGCAGCGACCUCGACGCCAACGCCAACCGGAAAGCUACUACCAAUGCCCCGUCCCCUUACUUGCAGCAAACAACGACGCUGCCUACGAAGCUCCUGUCGCACCAUCCCUCAUCAGCUCCAAGUUCACAACUAGAGACUAACUACGACGCUGAUUGGUCUGGCAAAUCGCCAGGUUCAGAAUCUCAAGCGAAGCAGAAUACGAAGUCAUCUAGCCUUCAGACGGAGACUAAUCAGAUAUUUGAUCCGGUUCAGGCAAAAGAAUCUUGGUCAAAACUUCUCGGAAGAAGGGUGCUCCCACGAUGCGAACAUAAUGAGCCCUGUAUCAGCCUCGUCACUAAAAAGCCAGGCGUCAACUGUGGUGCGUCGACUCUUCCUUUUUUGGUCGAUGAUUUGAUUCAGUCAUUGCGAUACCCAAAGAUUCCUACCCCUUCCCUACAGAUUCUAGCCUUUUGCUAG